UCGGCUCAGUCACUCCGCUGCUGCAUCGACCACCGCGGUGCAUGUCACAUGCGAUGCGACCGAGCUAGCUAGCUAGCCGGAGGUGAACCGAAUUGGAGGCGGCCGGCGGCCAGAGCGGAAGGGAUCGAUCGAGAUGGGCAGGGCGCCGUGCUGCGACAAGGCGAGCGUGAAGAAGGGCCCGUGGGCGGCGGAGGAGGACGCCGUGCUCAGGGCCUACGUCGCCGAGCACGGCACCGCCGGCAACUGGAUCGCGCUCCCCCGCAAGAUCGGGCUCAACAGGUGCGGCAAGAGCUGCCGGCUGCGGUGGCUCAACUACCUCCGCCCCAACAUACGGCACGGCGGCUUCACCGACGAGGAGGACCGGCUCAUAUGCAGCCUCUACGCCAGCAUCGGGAGCAGGUGGUCGACCAUCGCCGCGCAGCUGCCGGGGAGGACGGACAACGACGUCAAGAACUACUGGAACACCAAGCUCAAGAGGCGCCUGCUCGGCGGCGGCCGCCGCCCCAUCAGGUACGCGCAGCAGCCGCGCCUCCUCCUCAUGAGCCCCACGGGCGGCGCCGCCUCGACGGCGCUGGAGAGGAUGCAGCUAAGCGUGCAGCGGCGCCUCGUCGGCCUUCAAGACACCCCGGGACUCCCCUUCUACGGCAACCUCUGGCCAGCCCAGCAGUCUCUACUCUCUCCUGCCGCUGGUUACUCCGGGUUCUGGUCUCAUAUCCAAACUAGUACCUACCCGGGCCGCCUUAACGUGCAAGAUCAUCAGCACGCCUGGGGCAGCAGCGGCGGCGGCGGCACCACGCCGAUGUCCACGAGCCCCACCGGCGAGACAGCGGUGGGCGUAGGGAGCUCGAGCUCGACACCGGCAGCGAGCUCUGUGACUUUCGACGGCGACAUGGAGGACGAGAUCGAGAUGCUGCUCCAGCAGAUAGGGUGCUUGGAGGAGGAAGACAGCCGCCUGCUGAUCGGCAGCGAGGCGGGCAGCGCUGGUUCUUGGAGCUCCUGUUCCACUCCAGGAGUGGACUCAGUGUUCCAGGGCUAUGUACAAGGGCACGGGCAGUAGAAUUAUACAUGCAAUUCAGACCUGAAUAUGAUCCGUAUACUAUAGUCUGGUCUAUAGGUAUGUAUGUAAAUAAGUAUGCUAGUUCAUAGCUUCUCUUUUGAAGAUCUGGAUUGAUAUGAGUGUAUCGUAAAUGCAGAACCAAUAUACAG